CAAGGUUUUGUUGGAGUCAAGGGCUUUAGGGUUUUAUGCUUGGCGGCUAUGGCGACGAGGCGCUCCCUGAUGGCGCCGAUCCGACGAGCGCUCCAGACACGCAUUUCAAGGCCGAUCUCCACUGCGGCGAUCAAUGCGGGGCAGCCGACGCCCGAAACGCAUCCGGAGCUUCUUGAGGCAGGGGAGAUUAUGCCCGGGAUUUCGGCCGCCGAGUUCCAGCAAAGACGGAAGAGCUUGAUGUCGAUUCUUCCCAGGAACAGCUUGGUAGCGAUAAGCUCUGCGCCGAUCAAGACGAUGAGUGAUAUCAUUCCUUAUCCUUAUCGGCCAGACUCGGAUUAUCUUUACUAUACUGGCUGCCAACAGCCUGGUGGAAUAGCGGUGAUCAAAGCCAAUGGCGAUCUUUGUAUGCUCGUCUCUGAUCCAGAUCCCGAGCGGUCUGUGUGGGAUGGAACUCUAGCGGACAAAGAAGCUGCACUGUCUGUUUUUCACGCCAAUGAGACGUAUACAAUAGCCGAAAUUCCAAAGUAUUUUGGUGAGAUGGUCAAGUAUGCCAGCGGUGUAUAUUGUAACGAGAACAUACUGAGUCCUACGUUCCGGAAGGUUUCGAAAAUUCAAGAGGCCUUCGAACAGAACAAGUUGAGGAGCCUGUCUCCACAUUCUAGCCAAAUCAGAGUUGUUAAAUCGCCCGCAGAGAUCAGCUUGAUGAAGCGGGUAGCGGAUAUUAGUUCACAGGCAUUCAUACAAACUAUAAAGACGUCAAAGCACUGGCCGCACGAACAUUUGCUGGCUGCUACCAUAGAGUACGAAUCAAAAAUCAGAGGAGCCCAGCGCAUGGCGUUUCCUCCUGUUGUAGGAAGUGGAGCAAAUGCUAGCGUAAUACAUUACUCUAGGAACGACCAACGAAUUCGGGAAGGAGACUUGGUCCUUAUGGAUGCUGGCUGCGAGCUUCACGGAUACGUCAGUGAUAUCACACGGACUUGGCCACCUUGCGGGUCCUUUAGCCCGGCCCAGAGGGAAAUUUAUGAGAUUGUUCUAUCAACAAUGAAUGAGUGCUUCAAGUUGUGCCAUCCUGGUGCGAAUCUACUACAAAUCCACUCGCACUCUAUGCAGCUGUUGUCGAAGGCUCUGAUCGGUCUUGGUAUCAAAGGACAAGGACAUUCCCCACCAGACGUUGGAAAAUUUAAUCCGACAGCUAUCGGACACUAUCUCGGGAUGGAUGUCCAUGAUUCUGGUGGAGUGUCACGGGGAGAAUCCCUCCGCCCUGGUAUGGUUUUAGCAAUAGAACCGGGCCUCUACUUUCCAAAGGACGCCGAUGUCCCAGACAGGUACCGUGGCAUUGGCAUACGUAUUGAGGAUGAGGUUCUUAUCACCGACAGUGGUUACGAGGUUCUUUCAGCGUCCAUUCCGAAAACGAUAGAGGAGCUGGAGCUUUGCAUCCAACAAGGACCAAGCCCCGCGCAUCCUUUGAGCAAUUGUCGAGACAAGGAGGGAUUGAUAACAUAACAGCGCUUUCGCCUGGCCUCUAGUUCAUCAAUCUCGCCCCGGAUGAUUGAUGCAUGAUCGGCAGUAAGAUCUUCCCUUUUCUGGCCAUUUAUUUUGUUUGGAUGCGUUAGGUGGCUGAAAGAUUGUGGGCAGUCUUUUUGGCUGCCCUUCAUUGAGUUGAAUGAAUUCCAUACUUACAGUGUGGUACAAUUAAACUACAACAAAAAAAGGUUAACUCGGUUAUCUCAUUAA